AUGACGCUCUUCGGCGCUGUGGCGGGCCUUCACGGAUGGCUUCACGCAGUCUGGCUGCAUUGGAGGAGGAGGAGAGUGCAGUGGUAUGUUCUCGGCUCAAGGCGAUUCCGCACCAUCGAGCGUGACGAGCUGUUGCUGUUGCGGCUCGUCCCAUUCGUUGGGACCAAUCCCCUCACUGACCCACCCAUCAGCGAAGGGUUCAGUGAUAACCGCUUGUAUCCCACCUUCAGCGGCUUCAUCCUCGACGCGCUGCUACAGCUGGACCAUGUUCGUUCCCGCAUGAGGGUCGCUCUUGACAUUACAGUGCGGCGGUGCUGUCCGUGUUGGGAUGCCCCUGAUCCCCACCUGGUUAUCAUCAACUUCGCACAAGGCGUCAUGGGGCGAGUACUGCCGGAAGCACUUGGCUACGGUGACGUCUGCGUGAUGGUGCUGUCACUGAAUGGUGGGUCUGUGGUGGCCGCCAUGUCCGUCAUCCACCAGCGCAUUGUGGUCAGGACGACCGAGGCGGAGGUGGCCGGCUGGGUGACUGACGACGAGCGGUUCCCUAUGACCAUGGCUCGGGUACGGCAGCUGCUGAGGCGACUCGGGGUCGGAGAUGUGUGACAUGUCGUGAUGAGAAUCUAUAUGUCCAAGCUUUUUGUUUGUCUGACUCCAAUGCCGUGAAUUCAUUGGUG